AUGUUCGGACUUGCAGAGGGAGUGUUCAUGGUUUUGAUUAUCACCGAGUUCAUCCUUGGAAAUCUGGUGAAUGGUUUCAUUGGAUGGGUCAAUAGCAGCAGCUGGUUCAAAAGCAAGAGACUCUCUUUGUCUGACUGCAUCAUCACCAGCCUGGCCCUCUCUAGGAUCAUUGUGCUAUGGAUCAUCUCUGUUGAUGGCAUCAUAAUAAUAUUCUCUUAUGACACGCAUGAUUCGGGGACAGGAAUGCAAAUUAUUGAUGUUUUCUGGACGUUUACAAACCACCUAAGUAUUUGGCUCAUCACCUGUCUUGGUGUUUUCUACUGCCUGAAAAUUGCCCGUUUCUCCCACCCCACAUUCCUCUGGCUCAAGUGGAGAGUUUCCAGCAUUGUUACAUGGAUGCUGUGGGGUGCGCUGUUCUUAUCCUGCAUCUGUACUCUAUCUCUGAUCAAUGAAUUUAAGAUCUAUUCCAUCCUCAGUGGAAUCGAAGGCACACAGAACAUAACUGAAUACUUCAGAAGGAAGAGAAACACGUAUAAUAUGAUGCACGUUCUUGGGAAUCUGUGGAUGCUCCCUCCCUUAAUUGUGUCUCUGGUCUCUUACCUUCUGCUUCUCCUCUCUCUGGGGAGGCACACACAGCAGAUGCAGCCGCAUAGGACCAGCUCCCGAGACCAAAGCACCGAGGCCCACAAGAAAGCCAUCAGAAUCAUCCUCUCCUUCCUCUUCCUCUUCCUACUGUACUUUUUUUCCUUUCUCAUUUUGUCAUUCAGUCGUUUCCUCCCAGCAACCAAGACAGCCAGAAUGAUUAGUGUCAUCGUUACAAUGUUUUAUCCUUCUGGCCACUCUCUUAUUCUCAUUCUGAGUAACAACAAGCUGAAGCAGACAUUUGUGGUGAUGUUCCCAUGUGAAUGUGGUCAUGUGAAGCUUCUGUCUAAGAGGCCCUUUGCUUCAUAG